CCGAAGAGUCGACGCCAUCUUUACUUUCUUCAGUCCAGAGCUGCUCUCGGUGCCGUCAUCUUUGUUGUUAUUUUGGAUUUUAAACUAACACAAAUAUGGGAAGAAAGAAGAAAAAGCAAAUGAAGCCUUGGUGCUGGUAUCCUUUUAUCACAAUUACACUAAUAUUACCUCGCUCUGUGUCUGUAGUAGACGCCGUUUAUCAAGCUAACGGUUACAGUGUAUUAACGGUUACCCCAUAUAACGGUCUUAGACUUUUAAUAAGCCCUCUGUAUUUAUCCAAGACCGUCUGUUAUCCUUAUAGACAGAUAAUAUAAUUUAUUUGAUAUUUUGACAUGUUUAAAAUGUUUUAGAUGUUCACAAGACGAUUUAUAUUCGAGGAAAUCUGCUCUGUGACCUCUAAGAGAAUUAGAAGUUGUUAAUUAAUUCACCUUUAACACCCCAAACCUUGUAAAUGACAGUUUGUUUUAGCAAGUUACUCUAAGACUCAGCAUGAAUAUCUGUUAAAAGCAUUAAACAUUGCAGUGAGCCUCCUAAACAGUGACCUCAGGUACUGUAACAGAGACUUUGACGAUGAAAAGAUCCUCAUUCAGCAUCAAAAGGCCAAACAUUUCAAGUGUCACAUCUGUCAUAAAAAGCUCUACACCGGCCCGGGGCUCGCAAUCCACUGUAUGCAGGUAAGGAAACUACAUGGAGCAGAUUAUCUCCCUAAAAAUGACAUGUCUGAAUGAUGAAAUAGUUACAUGUUUGCUCUUUUUUUAUAGGUACACAAAGAAACUAUCGAUGGAGUUCCUAAUGCAAUACCUGGACGAACAGAUAUAGAGUUGGAAAUCUAUGGCAUGGAGGGUAUUCCAGAAAAAGACAUGGAAGAGAGGAGACGAGUGUUAGAACAAAAGAAUCAAGGUAUGACCACUGAAAAAUAAUAACCUCACUGUUCACUCUUGUUUGUUAUUCAAGAGGUUUAUCAUAUGUUUUCUAUUUUCAGACACUCAAAAGAAAAAGCAGAACCAGGACGACUCUGAUGAGUACGAUGAUGACGAUGAACCCGGUCCUUCCUUCCAGCAGCCCGCCGCAGUUCAGCCACAGGCGGGUUUCAUCCCCCCAAUGACUCAGCCUGGCAUGCUUCCUGGCUCAGGUGCGGCUGGGAUACCUCCAGGCAGCUACUCAGGUAAGACAAGAUUAACAACGGAUGUUUACAAGUAGGGAUGUGUAACAUGAUCAGCAUUUCAUUCAUCAGUGAGCUUCAGAGCUAGAUAUUAUCUGCCUCUCAUGAUAAGGCAUCUAUAUUUUUAAGCACAAUGACAACAGUCAAUCUACAUAAAAUUCUGAUGUUAAAUUUCUUCAAUUCCUCCUUUUGUUUCAGGAAUUCCCCCCAUGAUGCCAGGUGUCCCACCUAUGAUGCCAGGAAUGCCCCCUGUGCUUCCUGGGAUGCCUCCAGGGUAACGUUCAGGAUGCUAAAGUCAAGACUGUCAGAUUUUUAUUACUGCUGUCCUUUAAAUUCAAACAUUUUUAUUCUGUAUUUAGGAUGAUACCGAUGGGCGGGAUGAUGCCUCCAGGCCCAGGGAUACCGCCGAUGAUACCAGGCGUGCCACCAGGUAAUGUCCAACCAGAGUGUUUUCUAGGUAGAUAAUGUACUGCUGUACAUGUUCUUGUAUUUACUGGUUUUUCUCUGCUGUUGUCAGGCAUGCCUCCUCCUGUUGCCCACCGUCCAGGCCUCACUCACAUGGCUCAGGUUGCUGCUGCUGCAAACGUGCUGACUCAACCUGCUGUUCCUGCUGCUACUUCCCCCUCAGCCCAGCCUGAUGUCACAAAGCCUCUUUUCCCCAUCGCUGGACAGGUACAAUCUUCACAACUUUCCCCACCUCCUGUCUCCCUUCAAAGAAUUUCACCUUGAAGAAGAGAUGUUGGGGUAGUUUUGUGGGCUCAUACGGGUUAAUAUGAAGGAAACUUUCACAUUUUAACUCUUUCCCUGUGCUGCAGAUGGGCAGUUGUGCUGCAAGUACAACUGCUGGUUCAUCAUGUGCAGACUCUCAGUCCUCCUCCCCUAAAGCUCUACUCUCUGUCACACCACAAGUACGCAGCUGUCUGCCUGCUCUACUCUGACAACCUGCUGCUUUACAACUGGCAUGCACACAGUUGUGUAUAGUUUGGCUGUGGUGUAUAGCGGAGGGGAUUAAUUCUGCUUUAUUUGCUUAAGCUGAUAAUGAAAUCUGACUAUUUCUGUGGGCAGAAAAAAAUAUUUUGGGAUGUUUUUGUUGUUUAGCGACAUGCAUUGAUUUGCUUUUUCUCUGCUUAAGAUCUGCAUUGAAUUCAUUGAAUAUUCCAGAAAAUUGGAUUAUUCUCCUGAUCAAAAUGGAAAAAUGGAGCGCUGUGCAGAUUUUGUAAAGUGUGCUUCUUAUUUUGAGGUUAAUUAAGCUCAGUCUGCUCUUUUUUGGCUGGCUUGACUUUGCAGGCUUUGUUUGAGUCAUAUUUUAAAGAAAACAGGAGAAUGUCUUUGCAUCAGAAAUACAAUCUGGUACAGUAUUAAAAUCAAAGUAUGACCCCCUAACAUUAACUACAUGGUGUUCAUAACUAAGGGAGGGGAAAACAGAAUUUUUUAAACGUCAACAUGCUCAUGGAGACGCCUUUAAUAAUUACUGUGCUUGUAGUUAUUAAAUCUACAAGCAUUAGUGUGUAAAACUGAGGCUGAUUCUGACCACGUUUUCAAACCACAUGUCUAAGUUUUCACUGCAUUUGCCGCCCAAUGAGCUCAGAGGCAUAAACACUGAUCAAACCCCAAUCCAUCAGCCAGUUGGAUGAAUUUUUGUCAUGUCAGAAAGUUUAGUCGGCUGAUGCAUCUUCUCGCGCUGUAAGAGUAAAACUAUGAGCUGAUUCUUGAACUUCGGUGCUUUUAUUUGCUGAUUGCACCUGCUUCAAGUGAUACAGUGUCUGACAUCACCAUGGCAACAUGCUGCAUGAUGCAGACAACUGAAAUAUAAAUAUAGAACAAUCAGUCAAGAUAUUAUGACAACCUCUGUAAUCUAAUUUAAUCCAAUCUAACAGAAGCACCAUAAAUUAUACUUCUACAAAACUUCAGCAUGUUCAGCUUUGUCGUCAUGUCAGUGAGAUGAUAAGUGUGUUUUAUAUUUAAAGUCUACGUCUUACACUCUGACCUCGACGACAGUAUGUAAGAGUUUUCAAACAAAACUUCACUGAAAGUUUUCCAGUACGUGCACAUAUAUAAGUGUGUGUCUUAACCUGAGUGGGUUUAUUUUCCACCAUGAAAAAUAAACCCUGAGACUGAACCGUGAACGUUCAGCCUCAGGGUAACUUUAGAAACGACAUUUUCUGGUUUUAAUGAUCACAACGAACACGCCAAGCGUUAAACAGGCCGCUUUAGUCGCAGCAGUUCCCUUAAGAUAUGACUUAAAGUUCCCUCCUCCUGUGAAAAUGACUCUUUUGAGCUCAGUCUUUCUAAUAUGUUCUCCUGUCUCCCCCCUCAGACUCAGCAGACACUAUCAGGGUCCCCCCACCCUCCCCCCUCCACCUCCUCUGACCCCUCAAAGCCCACAUUCCCGGCCUACACUCAGGCCGCUGUCGCCGUGUCCAGCCCGAACGCCGGCAGCAGCACGGUCUCCAAACCUCCCUCUGCUGUGACCAGUAAGCCCGCCACCCUCACCACCUCCAGUGCAACCAGUAAGUUGAUCCACCCUGAUGAGGAUAUCUCACUGGUGAGUAGUCCAGUUUCAACUCUUCGUUUUACAUACACUCAUAUAUUUUACAGUAAGUUUCAUAUCAGAAAAAUCAAUCAUAGAAUAAGGUAAAAACAGGCUUUUAAUGCAUCUUUUCUUGCACGACUAAACACUUUCACAGAGUAAUUUUUCUGUUUUUUUUGUCUCUGUGUCCUGCAGGAAGAGUUGCGAGCUCAGCUGCCCAGAUAUCAGCGCAAUAUUCCCCGCCAGGCCCAGUCCACUGCUGCCCCGUCAGUGGGUCCUGUGGGUGGCAUGAUGUCUCCUCAGCAGCCCGGCAUGAGGCAGCCUGUACCUGGUACUUAAACUCAGCUUUUAGUUUAAGUUUUAGUGAUGUGAAUUUUUCAUAUAGUGCUUCAAGUUAACAGUUUUGAGGUGUACUUCAAGCACCAAGGCUCGAAAGUCGGCAUCGUCCUUUUUGACCUGUCUCGAAAAAAAAAAAAACUAAGAAUAAUUCCUUGCGACUUUGGUUGAUCCUGAGUUUUUUUAAAAUCACCAUCAUCAAAUCGAAGUUUAAAGGACUCCUGUUUUACUCAUUGUCACCUUUAUUUGUCAGUCUCGGACACCUGUAGGUGGCGUUGCAUGAUGUGCAGUUCAAAACCUCAUCUCAUGUCAGCGCUGCUCAGCCUCUGCCUGAACAGCUUCCUAUUUGCUGCUUUUCCACUGAUAUAAAGAAAGACACAACCUGUGGGUGUUACUUUUUACACAGCUCUGUUUGUUCCCACACUGGCCCUUCAUUAUGCGCUGGCUGUUGCUCCACUAGUUGCUGUUUUGUUUCUCACAGUUUGUGUUGAAGAGUCUUCAUCAAAGUUAUAGAAAUCUAACAAAGAUCCAUCCUCCCGGUCUUUUCCAUCCCCUCAUUAUCACAUGAAUGUGGCAGUAACCUCAGCCUCACAGAGUCACCAGUUCAGCUUCAGUUCUGCUCGUUUUAUAAUAAAAUAGAAACUUUAAGACUCAGUUGAAGAUAUUUGACUUAAAGCCGUCAAACUUUCCUCUCUCCAGGUCAGUAUCCACCUCAGGGAAUGCCAGGCUUCAUACCAGGAGGAAUACCUCCGUACGGACAGGCCCCUCCUGUGGGUCCCCCAGGGUACCAGGGAGCUCCCCCGCGGCCCCUCAUAGGUAUGAGGCCCCCUGUCAUGUCUCCUGAAGGCCGCUACUGAAAACCACCUUCAUCUCUGCAAUAGGUUUGGACGCUCAACCCUUUUCUAAUGUCCUCAGCUGCUAGUAGACAAACCAGUAAUGGUGUUCUUGUACCACAGUGACUGUUAAGUGCACAGCUAUGAGGACUCUGAAUACACAGCAAACAGAUGAGCUAUAAGAGCAUCACAGAGGGCAUGAGGAAUAUUUACUCUGUACUUAACCACGACCAUAACUGUUGUUUCAAACCCUCUCUGUUCUGUGGCUUUUUUCUCAUGUUUCAUUCAGGUGUGUAGAAGUGUAGUAGAUUUGGUUCGUAGUGUUGUGAAGGCGCUGGACUUACAUGGGCAGUAUCCACCCUUUAUCAAGGCAAGUUUUCUGUGACUCCUCUUCUGUUCUUAGAUUAAGAGUGAGGCCUUCACAGCACGCUGUGCUGUUGGACUUUGCGUCCCCAACUUUGUUUGGUGAGGGCUUCAUCUAUCUAUGUUUUCUCUCUGUUUGCUGUCCAUUAACACUCCCUAAAGUCUAAAAAAAGAUGAAGCACUAAAAGAAAUGCUAACUGUAUGUUGUAAACCUGUAUUGUAAUAAAAUGUGGUGAAAAUGUAAGCCUCUUCUUUGGGACGUUUGUGGGGAAAGAGACGUCACUGCAGGUUUGUACUCCAGUGAGAAACUUAAAGGCUGACUUUGUUUUGAUGUCUCGAAGAUGAACAGAUUUUAAACGUCUGCAUCUGUGCUUUAAAUGUUUGGUUGCACUGUAAUCAAAUGUAACGUAUUAAAUGUUUUCUUUGGUUAAUCUGCUGCUGUUCUGUACCUGACAUGUAAGCCUGUAACUCUGAGUGAACGGCUGAAAAACUUGCGGCUGUAGUGCUAAAACUCAGAUUUCUCUCUCCCUGUAGCGAUGCCAUGGGGGACUGGCUGAGGCCGAGUCUCAGUGUAGCCCUGUUCAGCCUGAGGCAAGUCUCACUGUUUUCUGUCUCUCAUUCAUUACCAGGGGCCCUCACAGCGAGCAACGCUGUUGGAUGUCAAUGUCCCCAAACUUGCAGCAAGUUUGGUGAAGGCCCUUGUUUGUGUUGUUGCGUUUAGGUGCCGUUUUUUUUUUCCCAGGCAUGUUUACUCAUGUGAAUUUAGUCAUGAUUGUUAAGCUGCUUUGUGCCACCUGACCUGUUUACUGCAUUCUCUACUGGUGGGAGCAACAGGAAGCUCUGGUUUCAUUUAAUAACUUUUUAUUGGAGUUAUUAAAUGAAAAUACUGUGCUGUCCUUUUAUGAAAGAAUCUCACAGUUUAAAAUAAUUGAUGGCAAUCAUUGAUCGGAGCCCCGCACACAGACAAAAUCAGCCUCAGUGUCUGUUUGGGGGUUUCUGAUGAACACUUUACUGUCAUAUGUUUGUAAAACAGCUUUACCACUCAAUCCUGUUUGUUUUAUCAGCUGGCGUCACUUGAUCAUUUGAGUUUUACUUCUUACAUGAAGGAGAAUCUCAGCCAGUAACAGGUCAGUUCAAGCUGUAAGUACCUCGGCCUCCAUUUUUAUUUCUGUCCUGUGCUUUUGGUUUCUACAAGUCAUGAGAUUUAUGUGUUUGACCUGCUCACACAACCAGGUAAAGUUUGGUUCUUUUGACAUGAGGUUCUUGUCGGCAGUGUGUCGCCGACAGCUCGGCUCCUCCUGAGAACUGGACUGGAAGCCACACUAUCAGCUGCUGCAGACGGGGUCGUCUCUCUGUAAACAAAAUCAGCUGUUUGCAAUCAAUAAGCACAGAUCCAUGUUCUUCUGUCUGCUCUGAAAUAAUCAGCUAAAUGGGUCUAUUGUAGGUUCCUGAUAAAUAGUGAAUUUGAUCUCAGUUUUGACGUAAUUUGAAGCACCAACUGUUUAAGACGACCCGGCUGAAACAGAGAUUAGUCUUCUUCUUCAUCAGCUGACAAAGCACCAUCUCAGUAGACGCACCUCCGUCUGAUUUAACUUGAGUGUUAAAGAAACUGCAUGAUGCAGACUUCAGCUGUAAGCGAGCCACAGGUAUCCUCGGAUUUACAGAUCCCAAAGGCUCUGUUGAAGUUCCACUCCUGACAACAGCAGAUUCAUGGGCUCACGGUUUACACACCUUCAGUUUCUCAUUCAGGUCAUUCUUAUCGUCAGAUUCGUCCUUUUUUCUCUGUGCUUUGGUCGGUUUGUUAAAUCGACGCGCUCUCUCUGACCCCGUCUGUGAUGGUCGAUAACCCAGCUUCCACUCCAGGUCUCCAGCUGGUUUGCAGUACAUGAUUGGGUUAAAGUUUCAACACAUUUCUACUAAUUCUGACUAAUGUGAUCAUCUCAACAAAGUUUAAGUUGCAGAGUUCACCAUCAACCCUUGAUUUAAAGCUCAGCUUGAGUUAACAGCCUCUUUGGCUCAUACUCACCGUUUCUUCGUUUUCUCUCAACAUUAGAGGGUAUGAUGCUCCUCAAUAAGUCUCCAAAUCUGUUAAAUACAAAAAUGGUCCUUAUUUUCUUCUGUUCAUGUUUGUUUCAUUAUUCCUCUGAAGCUCUCGAGGUUUGUACGAAACACUUUUCUGCUCUGAAGUCGAGUCUAAUCGUCAGUUUUGAUCUGUCUCUGAAAUCAGGUUUUAUUUUAGACAUUUGAAUCUGAUUUUCAAUGUUUGCUUUUCCCUUAAUAAAGCAGCUUAUUGAACCUUGAUAUGUCUCUGUGUUUUCUUUAUAAACAGUCUUAUUUUACAGAGAUGGAGACAUGAAGAUGGUAAAGAUUUAAGAGAUGCUGUUAAAUUUGAUAAACUUACAGGAAGGACAGUCAACACUAAAACAGAAACACUUUCUCAGCCCAGCUUUGUUUCUUUUAUUUGCGCAGAAAAUUAAAGUGACAUUUACAACAUUAUUGUCUGGAUGAAGUUCUUGGUCUACUUCCUGG